GACAUUCAUUAGAGCACAGAUGCUCAGCGUGCUGCCUACCCAGUUCCAUGCACAUCCCCGCAGAGAGAGAGAGCAGCCGGGCAGCGGGCAAGGCAAGCCCUCAUUCUGGGCACUCUCUGGCAUGAGGUAAAUAUACACAGAACUGGAUCAGGCUCCCCAGGAUUUGCUUGGUGUGUAUUGCACCUCACAGCUUACGCCUACACUACAGACCCAAAAUACUCCAGGACCAGCAACCCUGCUCCAGCUGGAAUCAAGCUGCAUCCCUGAUGAAAUCCUGUGGCCACCAGACUUGCCCUCAGGUUGGUCAUCAUCAGAUCCAUACCAGAUCAGGACCAGCUGCUGGGUCAGUAGACGCUAUCAUCAUCACAACCAUUUAUAACCUCCAAACCAAGACAAAUAAAUGAUCCUUCAUCACAAUUUUGACUGAACGCAAGCUCAAGGCCUAGUUUUGUCAUCAGAACCAGUUAUCAGCCAUACCUCGGAAAGGAGUUGCCAACAUCACCAACCACCUAUAAACUGGACUGGUUCAUAGCACACACUCAUCAUUAGAACCAGUUUCUGUUAGAACCAGGUGUACCCCCAAAGCCAGGAUACAUUCAUUGCCAUAACUGGGUCAUAAUACAUUUUACUUUCCAGAAUCACUGCAGCUCUGAACCCAAAUCUAAACUCAGUGUAGAUAGAAGAUACUGUCUUCAUUAAAUUCUAUACAGACGCUUGGACCCAACAGUUGCCAUAUUUAGUCCAGUUGGACAGAACCAGCCUUGCUUUGAACUCAUCCUGGGCAGAACUCAUUGAGUUCAUCUGACAUUGGUGAUCUGAUGCGAAUAAACAGAAUCUGAAGGCAAUAGAAUAAUCUGCUUUGAAUAAACAGGACCGGGUCUGGGUACAAUUCUGGGGCAAGAAACAUAAGACAUCCCCAGUACUGAUUACAGACCCAUAUUGCAGCACCUUGGACAGGAGCGGAACACACAAAGGUUCAUCAUCGGGAUUCCCAGGGUCUGGAAUGACACCCAGCAGCCUUCUUACUUUGUAAGCAUUUCUCAGCGCUUGAAGAGUUCAGCUCUAAAAUCAGAACCCUAGCAACCAUGGGGACUGUCCUUUCCCUGUCUCCUAGCUACCGCAAGGCAGGGCUAUUUGAUGGAGGUUCAACAAGCGUCGGCCACUACACGGCUGUCCAGAAUAGCAAGAACGGAAAAUCUCUAAAGAGGCACUCUAUUAUUUCUGUUUUGCCAUGGAAGCGACUUGUUGCCGUCUCGUCCAAGAAAAGGCAACCCAAAAAGGGUCAAGCCAACGGCAGCUACCAGAACAACAUUACCCACCUUAACAGUGAGAACCUUAAGAAGUCCAUUUCAUGCGCUAACCUAUCUAGCUUUACUCAGGACACAAAAGACUCUCUUAGCAAAGGUGUUGGGGCUUCAAUUACUAAGGCAGCUGGACAGCAGAUCCAUGCUUCUCCAAAACGUGUAGUAGUGCAAGCCUCCACCAGUGAACUGCUGAGAUGUCUUGGCGAAUUCCUCUGUCGAAGGUGUUACAAACUCAAACAUCUGUCACCCACAGAACCUGUGCUGUGGCUUCGAAGUGUGGACAGAUCUCUUCUGCUCCAAGGGUGGCAGGACCAAGGUUUCAUCACCCCAGCCAAUAUUGUUUUCCUUUACAUGCUAUGCCGAGACACCAUCUCUUCGGAGCUGAACACUGAGCAGGACCUACAGGCCGCAUUGUUGACCUGUGUUUAUCUGUCCUAUUCCUACAUGGGUAAUGAAAUAUCCUACCCUUUAAAGCCCUUUCUUGUAGAGAAUUCCAAGGAAGACUUUUGGGACCGUUGCCUCUCCAUCAUUACAAUGAUGAGUGCCAAAAUGUUGAGAAUCAAUGCUGACCCCCAGUAUUUCACUCAGAUCUUUGCCGACCUUAAGAGCGAAGGUGCGCAAGAGGAUAAAAAACGACUCUUGAUAGGGCUAGACCGAUGAAUGGAAGCAAGCGAAGGGGCAAUAGGACUCAGUGGGACACCAUGUUGUGUGCUGAGAUAUUGAAGAGCAUGCAUUGCACACCAUUGUUUGGAGAAAGUGAUAGGGUUUGGGGAUCCAGCAGGUACUGUUUUACUGACUCACAUGUUUUGCAGGUCAGUGGUUUAUAACACUGUUUUGCUCGGUGGGUGUGUCUGGACAGUGGUUGAACUGGAUUCCCAAAAUGCUUUCCUAUUGGCUAAGUGUUCUGUUUUCAUUUAGCGCUGUCGAUUGUUUUGCACAAAUAGUACUGUCCAAACAACUGAGCCAAUUUCUAGGUCAUUCAUGCACUGCCUCGGUGCUUUAGCGAUGCACUUUGAGCUCCCUGUUUAGUUGGGACUCUGGUCCCAGUCAGGGAAAUGGUGGCUAACACUAAUCUGUAAGAACCCAACCCCACUAAGCACCUGGCUGAAACCCACAAUUAACCUUUGUAAUUAGAUCUGUUCUUUCAUGUGCAUCAUUUUUAACCUUCGGGCAAGGCUGGCAGACUCCCAUUUACAAGUUUCUGGGGUGUUCUACUGUAGAGUGGGUUCGAUCAUUUGUUGGAUCAGCAAGUGGGUUGGAUCAUUCAUCCGUUGAUAAAUCCUCCGUCUAUAAGCAAUAAUGUAAUAAACUGAUGCCCGCUGCCCAACUGCCUGGACUACAACUACCAGCAGACAACAUUCAAUGGUUGUCACUGGAACUCUGGGUAUUGUAGUCUAGCACCGGCCCUCCAGAUGUUGCUUCACCGACAUUCCACAUGUAAGAAAACAUACAAAAUGAGUUUUUCCGUAAAGGGGAACUCCACACACAACUUUUUGAAAAGCAAACAUUGCAAUAUAAAUCAAUUAAAAUAUAUGAUUGAAACAGUUACCUAAACCUAGCCCCCUGUUCCCCUGAUCUGCCCGACUACUCAAAAAGAAAUGUAACAGUAGUUGACUGCUCUCAGCCUGCAUCCUCCAGAUCCCACAAUUCCCUGCACACGUGAUGUCACUAA